AUGGCCGAUUCACGCGGCUUCAAGCCAAUAAACCAGUUGUGGCAGAGCGCGGCAGUGUCGACGGACCCGGAUUCGGAGUGCCUCUACGAAGAAAUCUCGGGCCUUUCGGGGUCCCAGGAUACGGAGCCAGGGCCGGCUGAGGAAGAGGAAGAGGAGGAGGAAGAGGAAGAGGAGGAGGAGGAAGAGAGAGGAAGGCUCGAUUUUGGUGCACAAGUCGGCGGUAGUAGCAGCUGGUGGAGGCAGGGCAAAGGAAGCGAUAGAAACGCCGCCAGCAGCAACGCCGGCACGGCCGGACGUAAAGCUAGCAAAAGUGUUGGAACUAGCGCGAGAUCGCGCAGCAGAUCGGCCGAUCGGCCAUCGGGCAGGCGUCAGGACAUCAUCAGGGUGGAGGAGGAGCAGUAUGCCUCACGAAGAAGUUACGUGGAGCCCGGUACAGGCGCCGUACUGCCGCCUCCUGUUACCGGCCUCAAGCUGACCAGGGGGCGUGCAACCAGCACCGUCGCCCGCUAUUUGCACUCGGCCUCCACCAACACCGGUCAUUAUCACCAUCAUCAUCACGGGCUGCACGGACAGUAUCCACCCGGCAGCACCGGUAGGCCGACCGGCAGGCAUCACCAGCAUCAUCACCCAAGCCGCGGCUCGUUCAGUAAUGAGACGCAGGAAGAGGUACAGGAGGACGAUGAAGCCACUCUACGGGAGUUGCUUGUAAGGUACGUUUCCCCCGACGUACCCACGAUACAUAUAUACCCCUCCGCCCCCUCCAACCCCCCACCCCCUCUUAUACUUAUAUAACGUUUAACGUUUUCUGUGAAACACCUCCACGCGUCUUCUCGACUUUUCUACUGUGGCGUUUAACACGCAACGUAACGAUAACUGUGCGCGGUUCUCUUUAUACCUGUACCACUGUACCAACUGUUCAAGCUAAUUACCAAUUACGAGCAUCGCGAGUCAGAGUUUCGGACUUCGAAGAGUUUCGAAACGUUACCGCUACCGCGGCAAAAGGAGAGCUUACGUAUCAAAAUCGAAACUGUGUGUUCACACGAUUUGUGAAAAUCACUUUUGCCGGAAUGAACACGUUGUCGCAUGGGCGUCGCCACCGACGUCUCUGAGAAUUAUCUGGAUUGUUUGGAUGUACCAGCCGAGUACCAGUUUACUACAUAUGUAUCUGACUCACACCGGGCGAUCAUUUUCCAGUCCAUUGAUUAUUUAUGUCAGACUUAUCGAUCUGUUUCCACUUGUUUCUGUAUAUCUUUUUUUUUUCCUUCUUUUUUCUACUUUUUUCCCUUGGACGGAGACUUGUACGCGAAAUCGUACGCGUUCGUGUAACGUGGAGGAUUGCAUUCUUUCCCGGUUCGACGAAAACGACGAAAAUUCGUUCGACUUCGCGGAAAAAUGAUACACGGUAGUCAAUUGUCGAAAUUCGAUCGUGAACUUUCAAUCUUGGCGAAUCCUGCGGGCGACGAACGUCUUCUUUUAACAGUCUUUUAAUCGUCUGAUUUCAUAGCUUAGCGCUUCUCUUUUUUUAGGAUCCUGUAUUAAUAUUCCGUAGUGAUCUCUUUCAUAGGCUCUUACAUAGAAUUAUCAUGUAACAUUCUGUUCCUUGUUUCUUCAGCGAAUUAAAACGUAGUUGAGUUACUCUUAGCAGUCCUGCCGUCUAAUAAUAAGUCCGACCGUAGUUGAUCGAAUAUUUGCAAAUUUUUUCAAAUAUUAUUCCUCCUUCUCUUUUCAAAUAAAAGUAACUUUCGAAGUAACUUUAGCUUAGUGCCACGGCAGUUCAGUAGAACAACGUAUGUAUAA